AUGGCCCAGAAGAUGGAGGAAAAGUUUUCAACAUUUGAGAUAAAGCAUGCUCUGAGGAGCGAAAGUUGGUAUGCAGACGCAUUGGCCGCAUUAGGAUCACAAAUAGUGUUUGAAGGAAGUAGCACCAAGAUAGAAGUCAGCAAACAAAAGGAGUCCAUUAUUGAAAUGCUGAACGAGAGAUUCCAAGAAGAAAGAUGUGAAGAGGAUUGGAGAAUUCCCAUAAAAGAAGCUUUGAUCAAAGAAGAAGAUAUGACAGAAUUGAAGGCCUUGAAAGACUACACCUUGGUAAAAGGGGAAUUGUACCACAGAAUGCCGACAGGAAUCCUAUCAAGAUGUAUGGGGCAAGAGAAGGCCCAAAGAAAGCUAAAGGAAGUACAUGACAGAACCUGCGAGUUCUGCAAAGAAGUCAGCCUUUACCGUAGACUUCAAAGGACAAGUUUCUAUUGGCCAAGCAUGGGCAAGGAUGCGGACCAAGUCUAG